UUAGGUCACAUGCUGGUCAUGUGACGGCGGCUGGUCACAGGUGAGGUCUGCUAUGGAGACUGCUGCAAUGCUUGCUCUGUGUGCUGUUGUCGUUGCAUUCAUCUUUUCCAAAGAAUGCACAGCGAAACCGCCGAACAUAGUAUUUAUUCUUACGGACGACCAAGACACAGAGCUAGGUGGCCAGAUACCUAUCAAGAAGAUAAGAAGUCUGAUUGGUGAGCAGGGAAUCAUAUUUGAAAACAUGUUUGUGUCCAGCCCUUUGUGCUGCCCAAGCCGGUCAAGCAUCCUGACUGGGAAGUAUGUGCACAAUCAUCAUGGGGUCAAUAACUCUCUGGAGGGUGGCUGCAGUAGCAGGUCCUGGCAGCAGGAGCAGGAGCCCAUCAGUUUCCCAGUGUACCUUCAGAAGGCUGGUUACACAACCAUGUUUGCUGGAAAGUACCUCAACCAGUAUGGCGAUGACCAGGUCGGGGGUGUGGCCCACAUUCCCCCAGGCUGGAAUGAAUGGAUUGGUUUAGUUGGCAACUCAAAGUAUUAUGACUACCAGUUGUCUGUGAAUGGCAAGCUGGAGUCACAUGGCUCUGAUUAUGAAAGAGACUAUUUUACAAAUUACAUUAAUGGAAAGGCAGAAACAUUCUUGUCAGCUCAGAGUCCAGAUGGGAAUCCAUUCUUCAUGAUGCUGUCCACACCUGCCUGCCAUUCCCCCUUCACACCUGCUGAUCCAUACAACACCACCUUUCCUAAUGAAACAGCUCCCAGAAGUGGCAGUUUCAAUGUUCAACCAAUAAAUAAGCACUGGUUGAUACAACACACCAUAGUACCGAUGCCAGAUCAGACAGUUCAAUACAUCGAUAAUGCUUUCAGGAAUAGAUGGCGAACAUUGCUGUCUGUUGAUGAUAUGGCUGAAAAUGUGUACAACAUACUUCAGAAGAAAGGCAUGCUGGACAGCACAUACAUUUUCUUCUCAUCUGACAAUGGCUACCACUUGGGACAAUUUGGGCUGCCUUAUGACAAACGGCAUCUUUAUGAGUUUGAUAUUCGUGUCCCUCUCAUGAUUCGUGGACCAGGCAUCAAAGCAGGACAGGUGACACAGGAGAAUGCCAUGAACAUUGACAUUGGGCCAACCUUUGUGGCCCUCUCUGGACAAGAUAUUCCACCACAAAUGGAUGGCAAGUCCUUGAUAGAACUGUGGACCAAGAAAAAGACAGGUGCAUUUCGAUCAGACAUUUUGGUGGAGCAUUAUGGCGAACAUUCAGAUGCAUUUCCAGACUGCCCACAGGACAAUGGACAGGGAUUAUUUGGCUGCAGUUCAGAGGUAGAAUGUGUUUGCCAAGAUUCAUGGAAUAACACUUAUUCCUGUGUGCGUUCUGACAGACUUUCCAAAGUGUACAAGUACUGCAUAGUUGAAGAGACUGAGGAAUUUGUGGAAGUGUAUGAGCUAACAGGUGACCACUACGAAUUUGAGAAUCUUGCUCAGACAGCAGACCCUACUUUGCUAACUUCUCUGAAGAAUGACCUUCAGCGCCUGCUGGGAUGCAAAGGAGCCUCAUGUAAUAUUGGUCCAACUGUAUCAUAAAUUUAAACCUUGUGACAUUGCUUUGUCUCCUUUUGCACUGCCUUUUUCUGCAGACCAAUAGUGAUCUCAUAAGAUUUAAGUUGUUACUGACAUUUACAAGGCUCAGUUAUCUGGGACCAUUGGUGAUAUUUGACAACGAAAAGGUCUUGGUUAGAAGGCCGCAUCAGUAGUGCUUUUAGCAUAAAACUUUUUACUUCUUAUCAGUUUUCUAGUUUUUAUAAGUACACUCAAGUGUCCUGUUUUGAAGAACUGUAUGACAAUAACUCUAGAGUUUCCUAGAGGCUUUUCAAUUUCUUCUUGUAGCCUUUUUUUGACAUAUUUUUGUUAGUAGUAGGGAGGUAUAAGCUUUUACAUUCCUUACCAACGAAGUGCAAUAAUUUAUGAAAUAUAAACUUUUUCAUCCUUGUUCUUUGAAUUUUAUUCGUUACAUUAUGCUUUUAUACGUUUAAAAUUGUUAUUAUAAUCCAUUAUGAGAACAGAUGGAGGAGCAUUCUGUUAUGGUUAUUUGCAAACUAGGUGGCAUGCUUACCGUUUUCAACGACUGAACCAGUUGCCUGCAUUCGCUGACAUUUUAUUUACAAAUACUUAAAAGCAUUUAGCAAAUUGUCAUGAAAAGUGGUCAGAUAUUUUCUGGAUAUCUUUAUUUUGUUCAAAUCAAAUCAAAAUUUAUUGUCUGUCCAAGGAAGUCCAAGACAGAACUUGUUCUUUAGCUCACAUAUGCUAACUACUAUGAGCAUACAUAUGUAUACAACAUAAUAAGCAAACAUACAUACCCAUACAAGACAUUCAACACACAAACACACUCUCCUACACACUUACACUUACAUGUGAACCUCGUAAGGAGGAUGCCAGGUAAUGUGGUAACUAUCCACUGAGUGCCCUGUGCCUAUCAAUGGAAACAAUAGUGAUGGUGGUAGGAGAUCAACCAUGACAUGCAUUUUCAGAAAAAUUAACUGGUAGAUUAGUUUAUUUAAAAGUGCUCAGGUAUAGACAUAGCAAAUUAAAUGCCUUCAUAGGCAUUAAAUUGGUCCUGCUAAUGAAAGAUUUCAAAUAAAAGAUGCAUUAGUAAAAGAAAAUACAAGAUAAUGAAGAUAAAGCUCAAGGUUGUCUAAUCUUGUAUUUCUUUUCAUAACUGGACUUUUCAAUUGGUCUGAUUGUUCUUGUUUAGAUUGUUUUGAAGAAUAAAUAACAUUUAUUAUUCAGACGUUGAUUGAAAACAGAUUGGUGAAUUCUUAUUCAGCAUGUGUGGAAUACAGUGAAAUAGGAAUUUGCUUUUUUUUUAUAUUUAUUCAGAAUGGUACCAGAAUUAAUAAGCAAUCUAAGCAGAUUGAGAUAUUUUCAGUUAUUACAUAUCCUGUAACUGAGAAAUUGCAUUGUUUUGAAAGUGGUAUUUACUACAGAAUUAAGAAUUUACUCAAGGAGUAUAGGUGUUAUGUGCAACAUUGCAUUUUUCACUGGUGACUUAAUAUAAAUGGGUCUGGAUACUGUUUGUAAGGAUCAGAUCCAACUGUUUUUAUGAAACAAAUACCAGUGUAGCAUCAUUUUAGAACACCUGUGGACGUGAUGUCCUGACAUGCAAAUUAUUCUUCUGUGUCCUGUUAAUCAUAUAAAGCUUUAUUUUGCUUUAUACUUUUUGUUGAUAUCCAGGAGGAAGAAUUGCAUUCUGUUCUCUGACACACAUAUCUUUCUGAAUUUAGAAGCCAUUUACAUUGACCACUGGAAUAUUUUGGGGUACUCUUAACUUCAUAUGUCUUCCGUCAUCAGCCCCCACAAGCCCCCACUGGUGCAAAAUCACAUCCACAUACAGGCACAUUUCAUUUCAAGGAGCCAGUUUACCUCGAUUUGUUUUGAAAUAAUUUUGAUAUCUUUAAUGCCCAUAUACACACUUGUUGAAUUUUAUUUUUGAAUUUUAUUACAUUAUUCAGAGACCCACUUCUGCUGAGUGGGAAAUGGUUGAGUUUUCUAGUCACAAGUCUAAAAGGUUAAUUAAUAUGUGACAAAACAUAUUAAUUCAUGGAAUAAAAUAAAAUGGCUUUAUACUAUUGCCGGGUAACAUUACUUCCCAUCUCUUAUUCAGUUUUUUCUUUGCUGACUGUUGGUGAAUAAAUUAUUUAAAAUCUGACAAGACAGCUCAGAUCUCAUUAAAAUGCAUACCUUUUCUGGCAUUUUAAGAUUUUCCUAUUUUGUUAGGAUUAUCCUACCUACAUCAUGCCAGACAAAGCUGCUGCAAAAUUUAAUGAGUAGCAAAUUAUUGUUUUUAGCCAUGUGAAUGAUUACUGUCCUUGUUGUUGAUUAAAUUGAUCAUUCAAUUAAUGUAAAUAAAUUUAAAUUGGGGCUUGCAUUAAAAUGUUGAUUGAAAAUGA